ACAAUAGUCUUUGUCGUCAUGAAGCCUUACAUUCUAAUGGGCAAGACAUAAAAUAGACAAAAUAAACAGGUAAUAUAGUGUGUUACAGGGUGAUAAAUGAUCUGGAGAUAAACUAAAUGUUGGGGGAGGGGGAAGGGACUCUAAAGGAGGGAAGGGUCAGAGGUGCUGCCGUGUUAAACAAGGUUGCCAGCCAGGCCUCCCUGAGGUGGUGCCAUUCAAGCAAAGACCUGAGGAAGAUGAGGGAGCAAGCCUCUUCUCGUCUGAGGAUAUGAGAAGAGCUUUCCAGGCAAAGGGUGCAGCAAGUGCAAAGGCCCUGAGGCAGAAUGGCAUCUGGGUAUUCAAGGAGCAAAGGAAGAGAUGAGGUAGGGUACCAUCACUUAAGGCCUCGUAGAAGGUGUUCUCUUUUAUCCAGAGAAAGGAGGAGCCACCGAAGUCUUCUGAGAGUGGAGUGACAUAAGCUGAUUUAGGUUUCUAUGGGGUCCACGCAUUGAGACUGGACUGGGGAGGAAGACAGCAGGGAGACCACUCACUGUAUGUAUAACUCUGAGCAAGUCUCUGAGCCCUUGAGAGCCUCAGUUUCCUCAUCUGCAAAAUGGAGACACUCCAACACUCACUUCUCUGGGUUCGGGGAAGAAGCGGUGUGUAUAACUCAGCUAGCGAGGGCCAUGGCACAGGGGAAGUUCUCGAAAGGAGAUUCUUAUGCCUGAGGAGGCUGUUCAUUUUUGUGACGCCCUUGGAGCACUGCUGGGCAUUGAGUCUUAGCUGUCAUCGUUAUCGGGAAUUACUGAGGGACGUUUCCAAAGGAGGAGGGAAGGGGAGGGCUGGGGGCCGAGGGAACCGGUGGAGAUAGGAACUCCAGACAGGAGGUGUGCACAGAGCAGGGAUGGACACCAGGCCUGGAGAUGACAAGGUGACUCUGGGUUCAAAGCCCACCCUUCCACAUUGACCGUGAACAAGCAGCAAUCAACUUCGCAGAGAUGCCAGGAGAAUUCGCAGGGGGUAUUUCUGAGCGAGAAGGAGUGUGACAUAGAAUCCCUGUAGUUCUUGUUCUCCUGUGGUGAUGGAGACAAUAAGCGUUCUGGCUCCCCUGAGGACGUCCCAGCCGGCGCCCUGGGUCUGUCAGCCAGCCCCGCCCAGGGGCCACUCCAGCAGGCUGUACCAGGUGAGUGCUCAGGUAUGCGGAGGAGGGAGGGCCCCGGGAGGGAGCAGGAAGGAGAGGCCCCUGUCUGGAAGGGACAGAAGAGCUCAGAGCCUCCCGUCGGACAGAGCUUGAGCAGCAGGGCUGCAGGUGGCAGGAGCUGCCCAUUCUCGGCGCCAUGAGCGCGACCACUGGCCCAGAAACUUCUCCCAAACGGAGUGCCAAGUCUAUCUAUGAACAGAGGAAGCGUUACUCCACUGGGGUUAUGGCCGAUGUUUCCCAAUAUCCAGUCAAUCACCUGGUGACCUUCUGCCUGGGUGAGGAGGAUGGCGUGCACACGGUGGAGGACGCCUCGCGGAAGCUGGCCCUCAUGGACAGCCAAGGACGCGUCUGGGCCCAGGACAUGCUGCUGCGCGUGUCUCCCAAACACGUUACGCUGCUGGACCCAGUCUCCAAGGAGGAGCUGGAGUCGUACCCGCUGAGCGCCAUCGUGCGUUGCGACACGGUGAUACCGCCGGGCCAGAGCUGCUCACUGCUGCUGCUCGUGUGCCAGGAGCCCGAGCGCACGCAGCCCGACGUGCACUUCUUCCAGAGCCUGCGUCUGGGGGCAGAGUUGAUCCGCGAGGACAUCCAGGGGGCUCUGCACAACUACCGCUCGGGCCGCGGGGAGCGCAGGGCGGCGGCGCUCAGGGCCACGCGAAAGGAGCUGCAGUGCCACCACUCGCCCGCCGCCGAGACCCCGCCCCUGCAGCACCGCCCGACGGUCCGCGCCACGAUCAAUACGGUGGAGUCGGCCGCGGGCCGCGGCCGACCCCAGGCGGACCCCAUCCCAGAGACUGCAGAGAUGCGGAGGCCGGGCCGGGCGGAGGUCUGCAGCAGCGCUGACCCGGCCUCUCGGGACCUGAGCCCCUGCGGCCCAGACCUGGCCAGUCUGCAGGCGGAGUGGGAAGUGGACAUCCUGAACCACGUGUUCGACGACGUGGAGACCUUUGUAUCAAGGCUGCAGAAGUCUGCCGAGGCGACCCGAGUGCUGGAGCACCGAGAGCGCAGCCGCAGGACCCGGCACCGGGAAGCCGGGGAGGGCCUCCUGACGCUGCGGGCCAAGCCCCCCUCAGAGGCCGAGUUCAUUGACGUGCUUCAGAAAAUCAAGUACGCCUUCAGCUUGCUGGCCCGCCUGCGCAGCAACAUCGCCAACCCCUCCUCCCCAGAAUUGGUGCACUUCCUGUUCGGACCUCUGCAGAUGAUUGUGGACACCUCGGGCGGCCCCCAGUUUGCCAGCUGCGUGCGGCGGCCGCAUCUGACUUCCGAGGCUGUGGCGCUGCUGUGGGACAACGUCACCCAACCUGAAAACACGCUCUGGACCUCGUUGGGGGACUCUUGGACCCGCCCGGGGAUGGAGCUACCCUCAGAGGAGGGACCCCCAUACAGACCUGAGUUCUACAGCGGCUGGGAGCCCACAGCCACGGACCCACAGGGCCGCUCCUGGGAGGACCCAGUAGAGAAACAGCUACAGCACGAGCGGCGGCGCCGGCAGCAAAGCGCUCCUCAGGUCACGGUCAAUGGUCACCAAGACCAGGAACCAGAAGCUGGGCCCCAGGGGCUGGAGCCGGCGGGAAAGUGGGUCCUAUGUAAUUAUGACUUCCAGGCGCGCAAUAGCAGCGAGCUGCCCGUCAAGCAGUGGGACAUAUUGGAGGUCCUGGAUGACCAGCGCAAGUGGUGGAAGGUUCGGGACCAGAGGGGGCAGGAGGGAUAUGUACCCUAUAAUAUCCUGACACCCCACCCGGGGCCGCGGGGGGGCCGCAGCCUGGAGAACAGCACUCCCUUUCCCCCUCCACCACCAAUGUCGGCCCCGGCUCCGGCUCCCCCUCCCCCACCGGCGCCGGCCGUGGCUCCAGCUCCCCCUCCACCACCAGCGCCGGUCGUGGCUCCGGCUCCCCCACCCCCGUCAGCCUCGGCCCCGGCUCCUCCCCCCCCGACCCCUCCCGCACCAGCGCCGACCCCGGUUCCCGCUCCCGGUCCCCGACCAACGCGGACCCAGGCUCCGGCUCCGUCUCGGUCUCCCAGGGACAGCUGCGAGAGCCUCAACAACUUGGACUCCGGCAAGAAGGAGAAAUUCUCCCAGAUGCUCAGUAUCAACGAGGAGCUGCAGGCACGCCUGGCCCAGGGCCUCACGGGCCCCAGCCGCACAGCCCCGGGGCCCCGCGCCCCGGAGCCGCAGCUCAGCCCGCGCUCCAACGCUUCGGAGGUCCGCGCCUGGCUACAGGGCAAGGGCUUUAGUUCAGGGACCGUGGCCGCGCUAGGCGCACUGAGCGGCGCGCAGCUAUUCUCGCUGCAGAAAGAGAAGUUUCGGGCGCUGAGCCCCGAGGAGGGGGCGCGCGUGUACAGCCAGAUCACAGUGCAGCGCUCGCUGCUGGAGGACAAAGAAGAAGUGUCAGAGCUGGAGGCGGUAAUGAAGAAGCAAAAGAAGAGGAUGGAAGACGAGGUGGAAACGGAAGUCAUUUGAUCCUUCCCCGGCCCUCCGCUAAGCUUCCAGGCAGCAGGCGCGCGGGAGAACGGACUCUGCAGACUGCCCCCACCAACGAAAGUAGAUCCCUCCUGGGAUCGCCGACCUGUUCCAGCCUUGGUCUUACCCCGUCCGGUUAGAUAAAU